AUGUCAUUUGUUGAUGUCAUUCAUUUGUUUUCUNCAGAUAGUGAUUUAUCAACGGCUUGUUCAAUUCUUCAAAAACAAAUUGAAAUUAUUCAAGGUUCUUCUGAUAAUAUUAUAAUUCCAUCAAAAUAUCAACAAUUAGAUAAUUCAUCUCAAUCAUUAAAACAAUCAUUAGGUGAAUGUUUUAUAUGUCUUAAUGAAGAAAAACAAUUAGCAUGUAUGCCUUGUGGACAUUUAUGUGCUUGUGUUCCUUGUGGAUAUGCAAUUCAUUCAUGUCCAAUUUGUAGACAAAAAAUUCAAUCUUUUACCAGAAUUAGUUCUUAA